CAGGAUAACAACAUAAGACCCUACAUAUUAGGGUAUACAAACUUGGUUAACACAUUGUGAAAAAACGUGAGCGGUUAGGAAGCAAGCAAUGGGUUUAGAUUCAUUGCUUUUCGUCUUCUCGGUGAUCGACGAAGGAGCGUUGCUCUUUCUCGUUGUAUACUUUGUGAUUACAUUAUCAGAUUUAGAGUGUGACUAUCUGAAUGCAACAUCAUGCUGCUCAAAACUAAACAAGUGGGUUUUACCAGAACUGAUUGCCCAGUCUGUACUUGCAUUCUUCCUCCUGGUGACGGGCCACUGGAUUCUAUUCCUGAUGUACGCACCCGUUACAGCAUGGAUGGUGUUUAAAUUUGUGACAAAACCUUCUGGAAAUAUAGGUCUAUAUGACCCUACAGAGAUCCACAACAGACAUCAGCUGAAAACAUACCUGAAAGAAAACCUUAUCAAAUUGGGGUCACACCUUAUCUUCUUUUUUGUUUUCCUGUAUUGGAUGAUUUACUCCUUGAUUAAAGGACUUUGAUGACUGACAGAUCAUGAUGUACCUUUGUAACUUCCUGUGCAGCUCUGUUGCCAUGGUGAUGACGUGAUUUACAUUGCAGGAUGAUCAUCUGUCUUUUGACCAAUGACGAUACAGGAGCGUUUGGUUCGCAGGCUGCUCUCUUGGCCAAUAUGCCAGAUGUACAGACUGCACAGGAUGUUAUGGAUAUUCUUGAUGAAUAGCAUCAGAUGAUAAUGAUACAGAAAUCAGGGAACUGCCAUACAGAGAACAAAUCUGUAUAGUGAUAUCGUAGUGUCAUCGUGUAUGUCACCACUGCCUGAAAUCCUAUAGAGAACCGAGGAACAGUGUUUGAAUGUCCUAUUUUCCUGAACAAUGUUUUCAGUGAAAUCUGGUUCUUCUGACAUCAAGCGGGACUGAAUCUUUCUUAAAGAAACUGGAACCAAUCCUCUGGCACCAUAUCAUAAUGUACAACAAGGUCAGAUAAUCUGUAUAGAAUAAACCCAAAUUUUGUAGGUAAAUCAAUACGGGAAUGGUGGUAGAGACACAACCUCGCGGAAGGUACCAUCGGACCAUGGAAAGAACCUUCGUGUUGGGCUGGCUGUUUAACACACAUUUGUAGAUAGAUGUUUUAGAAAGAAGGCAGGUAAAUCAGUGGGGUGUUUCAUUCUUGAGUACAUAAAUAUAUGCUUGGGUUGUUAUUUGGUCGUCAGCUGAAAGACCGCAAGGCCGUAAUAGCGGACGUAAAACCUGUUAAAUAAAUGAAUAAAUUGUUAUUUGAAUCCCAGUCUUCAUAUUUUAUACAGAAUGUCCUCAAAAUCUGAUGUCAGAAAAGUCAGAUUUCACUGGUAUGUUUAUUAUAUAUCACUGAUGCAUAUUGAUGAUUUGGUGCAAUUUUAUCACUCAUUUUUUUUUAAAUUGAGGGACGUAUAAUAUAACUGUUAUGAAUGGAAUUUGCUCUGUUGAUAUUACUGUGUUAGAUAAGGUACAGUUAAACUGAUCAAACAGACAAUAUGUUGGUACUGCUACUUUGUGAGGCUUACUAAAGUAGUGUAUAGGUAUACUGAUUUUAUUGUGUUAAACCAUUUUGUCCUUUGUGAGGUUGUGUGGCUGUAAAGAGGAGGACAAUACAACAAUAUAAUUCUUACUGCUUUCACAACAUAUAUACAUAUAUCUGUUUGUUAGGAUCCAGUACCUAUAUUGGAUUAUACCGUCGUUAUUACUUUCUAGACCCCAUAUUAAGUAUAAUGUCUCUUACAUAUGACAGCAAACUUAUACAGCUGAACCUGAGGAAUAAAUUGCUGGUAUAUUAUAUUAUCAAUGUAUUUUAAAAGCUGAAAAUGUAUUAUAAUUUCUUAUUAUGUUUAACAAGAUCUAUUAUUAGUGGGUAUUACUAAAUAGAUUGAAUAUUCAAUUCUGAUAAAAUAAUAUUUAGUGUAAAUAUCCAAACUCUAACCCAUGUUUCAAAAAUGUACAUGUACCAUUAAAUCAAAGAAUUCAAAGCUCAAAAAGUCUAAAAGUAACAUCAUUCAUUUUGUGAUGUCAAACUUGAAACAACCAAUAGAAUUUCAUAUCAUAUUGAACAGAAGACAAAUAUCGGUCAAAAUGGUGAUGAUGAAGACUUAACAUAUAACUUCCAUCAUAUGGCGAAUAUCUCAAACUUGUAUAUUAUUAUGAAAUUGAUGAAAUUUGUCAAAAUAUUUCAUAUGAGAAAGGCUGUUAGCUUCAAGACUUGCUUGGUUUUUUCAUCAAUAUCAGAUGAAAUUAACCAAAUUAUAUAUGAUUAAGAUUAAGUAUUUGAAAGUCCCAGUCCAAAAUUAUCCCUUACUUUACAAUUAGUUAGACAUUAUUGAUACAGGGAACGCCGUUGAUAGUCAAAUGUUCUGAUCUAGGUUGCCAUUGUUGUAUUCAUGACACCAUAUCAUUGUUAUGAUGCAAUUUACUUACUUUGCUACUGCCAAGAAAGCAAAAUUAACCUAUACUAAGAAGUGUUGAUCAGAUACCUAUAUUGUUUUUUUAGGAUAUUACAACAUUAAAAAAUGUAAGCUAUUUUUGUCUUUAUUAAUUACAUUAUACAAUAUUGAUGACAAACUUCUAUGCAAAUUAUAUAUACUGAUGAUAUUGUAAUGCCUUAUCGGCUCUCAUUGUGCACUAUCAUAUGUGGCACCAGUUAAUAUGUUACCAACACAGAUGAUUUAGGGUGUAUGCUUUGUCUUCAGUAUAACAAGACCUUAUGUAGCUGAUAUAUUCACUUAGUCGUCUAGACGGUUUUCUCUUGCACAGAGACAAUCUCGCAUUUUGAAUUUAUUAUAUACAAUAUUUCUUGUUCAGCCUUUGUAGUAGUUGGUGGCUACCUCACUGACCAUCAUACAGAGAGGCCUGUUCUAGGCUGUUGCAUACAGUUAAGAACUGGUAAGGUCUCUUGCCAAAAGACAACCACACCAGCACAAGGACUGGUAAGGUCUCUUGCCAAAAGACAACCACACCAGCACAAGGCAUUCUGUGAUCUUGGCUUCUUUAGUAGCAAACUACCCUGGGUGGAAAUCAAACUACAAAUCUCUAGUAUUUGCCUGAGGUUGUAUUUUCCUAGCUGCUAUAUUCGUUCUAGUAUUUGUCUAAUGCUCUACCAACAGAGCUGUUGCAGCCCCAUACAGUGGAAUUCUGAAAUGUCAAAUAUAAACAGCUGACCUAAGAGCCUAUAAGGAAUUAUCUUAUUAAUAUGCAGUUUUUAACAAAAGGAAUCGGUUGCUACUUGUAUAAGUGUAUAUCCCUAUGGUAGUGAUCAUACAAAACAUAUCACAAAAGAUGGUAUAUAUAUUACAGCAUAUCUCUGAAGAUUUUUUCUGUAUUUUCACAAUAUCCUCAAAACUUGUUGAUAUUGUUAUAAAAAGACUGUUUUUGGUUUCUUUUUCAUAUAUUAAAAAAAUAUAUCAAAUUUAAAAUAGAACAGUUUGCCUUAUCAAAUUAUGAAACAAUUUGCCAUAUAAGAGGCAAAGGAAAAUUUUUUCAAGUCAUAAAAGAUAACUCUGAGAUUUUGACUCUAAUGAGAUUUUGCCUAUCUACUUUGUGUAGGUUCUAUAGCUGUAUUUGUGCAACAUUUCUGACAACUAAUUCUCUGGAAGUGUACAUGUGUAUUUGGUAGUGUUAGUAUGAUGUAUGUUUUAAACAUUCCUAAUCAGAGAUGAGAUAUGGACUCUAAAGGAAGUGUCACUCUGCAUAUAUACCCACAACACAAACAAAACAGUUUGGUUUAUUUUGUUUAACGUCCUAUCAACAGCCAUGGUCAUACAAAAUGGUGAGCUGAUAUGAUUAUGGAUGUCUAUAUACUAAGUUGGGGAUGACUCUCCAUUAAGUGAUCAAUUUAAUACAUAAUACAUAACCGUGGUGUACAGUAUCCAAAUCAAUAUAUGUGUGGUGUCAUGAUACAGAGUGUAUAUAACAUUACUGUUAAGAUAUUCAUCCAUUAAACACAUCAUCUUAUGAAAGGGAAAAUUGCUUCUUACUUUUGUAGUGUAAUUGUGAUUAUAUAGCUUGUCGGGACAUUGAAUACAUGUAUAUACAUGUGCUACCAAUUCUUAAUGCUUUUAUAAAUCCUGUCAUGUGCUGGAGAUAGUUUUUAGCUUUAGUAGUAUAAGUGCUAAUCAAUACAAUGUAACAUGUUUUCAUACAGACAACUUUUCACUUACAAAUGUUUAGUUUGGAUAUUUUACUAGUGUGUUAAUUGCAGACCAGACUUUCAUAUUUCUAUUGUCUGACAAGUAUUUAAUAUACUAGAAUUUGUAAUUAAACAGCACACAGAUAACAAUUCAUUUGAUGUAUUUAUCCUCAAAUAAGCCUCUUCUCCUUGUAUAAAAGAUUAGUACUAUAUUUAUCCUCAGAUAGGUUCAGUCCUGGUGUAAAAAUUUAGGAUAAAAAAUAAUGGCAGGUUUAUGGACUACGUAAUGUUUUAAAACUGAUGAUUCUGCGUUGAAUGAGGGACAUAUUUGUGGACACAAGGUUAAUUGUGGAUAAAUAUAUGUACAUUUCUUUGAUUCUGCGACAAGUUGACAUCCAUUGCAAUGUUCAUUCUAUAUUUUUGUAUGUUACAUUUUUUUGUAAAUACAUUGAUACAUUUUGUACUUGUUAUUCACAUGAGCAUCCAGUUCAAUACUUACCAUAUACUUACUGAGGAAAUGUUACUUUCUGUGAAUUGGGAUUAUAAUUUCUAUUCAUUUUUUAUUCUUAGUCUUUAAGUAAGAAUUUAUUUCAAUCGUGUGCUAACAUGCAUGGAAAUGUUAAAAUUUCAAUGUGAAUUACCGUACAGGUAAUCUGUUAUGUUAAAAGUAACCCCAUGUUUGUCAAACAAAUGUGUGUCAUUGUUUUGUGUGUUUGCCGCCUUGAUCUCACAUCCUAGGGGAGACGACUAAUGUUACUCUCUUUAUCAUUGACGAAUAAAAUGCAUAACUAUAG